AAACACUCGCUACCAAAGCAGUUGGUUCGCGUUUCUAUCGUUAUUCGACGCAACUCCCUCUUGCGGGGCAGUGAGACUUGAAGUAGUUCAAGCCAAGGCUGAGCUCGCCGAACGAGAUCUCACUCCCGUCAUCCGUCUUCGGGGUAGUAUCUCCGCCUCUGGAGACCUUACAUCCUUGGCUUAUAUCGCCGGUGCGUUAAGAGGAAAGCCGGGCAUCUUUGCCAACAGAGGUUAUGCUAGAAAAUACCGUCUCAUGUCUGCUUAUGAAGUUUUCGCACUCACUGGUAUCCUACCAAACUAUCAACUUGCUCGCCAUUAUUGACGCAAGUUAUGCUGGACAUGUGGUGGAAAUGCUGAGCAUGAUAUCGGCGACUGAUUUGUAUGUUUUAUGCCGGAACUAGACUUAGGAGCCUUGCACCACGAGUUUUUCAUGGCAGUUAGGCCUCUGGUCGAACGUGUGACGCUUGACGCGCUUGAGAGAAGUAUUCCAUCCAGCGACUAUGUAGCACUCACUGCAUGGAAUCGUUUGGGGCUGUCUGAUUCGAG